AUGGCUUCCCGACCUGCCAAACGGCAACGCCGGUCGACUAUAGUUCUCUCAGACGAUGAUGAAGAAUUGGAGCUGCCCUCUCCCCAAUCCCCCGUCAAUGCUCGUGUCCAGCGCGAGAUCACCCUCGACGGACGAACAUCACUGGACCUGUCUCCGGCCAGAGCUGGGAAAGGAAAGAGUUCUUCUCGACGUCCUGCGCCAAAGCCCUCCCCGAAGUCUUCUCCAGCGAAGGCCAAAAAGAACACCAGGGCGCAAAAAGCGCCAGAGAAGACCAAGUCGCUGCAUACCUUCUUUACAAAAGCCACGGAGGAGCAGCGAUGGAAGAAGAGGUCUGAAACACCAGACAUAGUCGCAGAUCUACAGAAUGGAGAAAUAGGCGACGCUAUCGAAGAUGAUGACCUCUCGGACGAUACUCUACAAGAGCUGGGUUUGAGGACCGACAAAGCAAAUACAUCUCUGCAGGACAGCCGGAAGCCUGCUCCGGCAAACAGCAGGAACGGAUUGAGUAACAAUUCUCUAUCUUCGACCCAGAGAUUUGUCAAGGGCCCUGCACCAAGGGAUACUGUCAAGAUCAAGGUGGAGGACCAGGACCAGGACCAGGCUUUUACUGAAAGUCGUCGACCUUGGGGAGACCGAUAUGGUCCAGCCAAUCUUGAAGAGCUGGUUGUGCAUAAGAAGAAGGUUGCUGAUGUUCAAGGCUGGUUGCAGGGGAAAUGCACUGGCCGUCAUAGUCAAAAAUUGCUUGUCCUGAAAGGUCCAGCUGGAAGUGGCAAGACAACGACAGUGUCUCUUCUCGCCAAACUUAUGGCACUUGACCUGGUUUCCUGGCAUAAUCCAAUGGUCGCGGAUUCCGGUCCAACCAAUUCAAUCGCCGUACAAUUCGACGAGUUUCUUAAUCGAGGUGGUCAAUUUGGUGGCCUCACCUUUAAUGGGGAAGACGUUGGAAGUCCGUCCGAAAAGUCCACUAAUGGCCGCAUUCUCUUGAUCGAAGAGUUCCCGGCAACUAUUACAAGGAGUUCCAGUACACUACAAUCAUUUAGAUCUGUUCUACUACGAUAUCUUGCACGGCCAAGUCAUUCCCAUCCGAUCGCAAUACGUGGUCAACAAGCGGAACGUGACAACUCACCGCCCGUGGUGAUUAUCAUCUCAGAGACAUUACUAUCGUCAUCUACGGCGUUGGCUGAUAGCUUUACGGCUCACAGGCUGCUUGGACCUGAGAUUUUGAACCAUGCCUAUGUCACCUCCAUGGAUUUCAACCCGGUCGCUCCAACUUUUGUGACAAAGGCACUAGAUCUGGUUGUGAAGAAGGAAGCUCGUGAUUCAGGGAGACGACGGAUGCCUGGCCCUGCGAUCAUGCAGCGUCUGGCUGAAAUGAGUGAUGUCAGAAGUGCAGUCAAUGCUCUGGAAUUUCUCUGUGUGAGGACAGGCGACGGUUCGGAAUGGUCUGGGACCAUCUCAGCGAAGUCCAAGAAAACAUCAAGAAAUAAAGAGACUGUCACCUUGACCGACCUGGAGAAAAAGUCUCUUCAAUUACUCAGCCACCGAGAAACUACACUCGACAUGUUCCAUGCUACGGGCAAGAUUGUUUACAAUAAACGACAAGACCCUCGUGUGCAAGAUACUAGGGCUGAGCCACCGCCCAAACCACCGGACCAUCUAAUGCACCUGUAUUCGCCGAAAGCUUCACUGGUAGAUAUUGAAGUUCUUCUCAACGAAACAGGAACAGACAUCCAGACGUUCAUUUCGACUCUGCAUGAGAACUACAUUCUCUCAUGCAAUGGUGACACUUUCGAGCCAGCUUUUGAUGGAUGUUCAGACGCAUUAUCAACUAGUGAUAUACUCAAUCCUGACUCUCGGCCCUAUCGACGUGCGAACAACAAUCCUAAUGCCGGUUUCAUUCAGUCAAAUCUGCAGUCAGGGAGUUCCGAUACGCUAAGACAGGAUGAGAUAAGCUUCCACGCUGCGACGAGAGGGUUAUUGUUCAAUCUGCCCUAUCCAGUCAACCGAGCGAGUGUCCCAGGUGGCAAGAGAGGCGAUAAUUUCAAAAUGUUCUACCCACAAAGUUUGAGGCUGUGGAAGCCCACCGAGGAGAUAGAGAGUCUCGUCGAGCUGUUUGUGCAUGGCACGGACAUCGAUCAUACAGACUCAAGAACCUUUGACUCCGUCAUUCAUGGUGUUGAUGGUGGUGUCGCGAGCUGGCAGUCAAGAGCAUUCAUGGCCUCCCGUUCAAUCAGCAAGGAUGGCGAAGACGACGACAAAAUGCCACCGUCUCAACAAGUACGCUACAACAAAGAUGUCCUCACGCUUGAGAUCCUCCCAUACACGACACGGAUCCGAUCUUGGAGAAAAGAAGAUGUCAAAACCCUCAAUCGGAUCACGCAGUUCAAACCAAACGCAUACCUGCCCAAUCUAUCCGAGGUAGAAGAGAGUUAUGAGAACGGGCUGGACGCCAAAGAUCCCUGGCCGCAGCAGAAAAGACCGACGACUACCACCGUGCCUUCUUCCCCUUCGCGAAGAGGUAUUAUAGGAAGCCCCGUCAAGCCUGGCCCACUUGGAUUGAAGCUGUCCGCGGAUUUGAAUUCUGGCCUGCCCAGCGCUGCUCCGCCGAUCGAGAAACUGUACCUUGACGACGACGACAUCGUUGACGAUUAA